AUCAGUAACGGGCCGCGGAUGGGCUGGUCAGUGAGUUUCUUGGUGUGCAGAGAGAGAUUGAAGGAAUUCCUCUUGUCUGGCUGCUUAAGACUAGGGUCCGGGCAAGUGGCGGUAAGAUUCAGUACAGUAGUACUAGUAGAUCGGGCAGGCACAGCAACCUCAUCAUCAUCGUCAUCCAAUGGUGCCAAUGAGAAAACAAAUCAUCUCCUCCGUCACACUUCGAGUUGUUUUCUACUUUGACCAUCGAGUUGUUCACCGUCUCGUAAUAUUUCUCGGUCACGUGUAUACACGCUCCCGAUUGGGAAACCACGGCCACCACAACUGCCUCUUCUUUUUGCCAGCUUCUCCUCUAUCUUUCCAACUCAUCAUCAUCAUUAUUGUCAUCGUCAUUGUUUCACAUGCUGCUUUUGUCGAACGGUAUACUUCUAUCUCCCCAGGAUGUAUUAAGUUGCGUGCCGCUCCAGCCUUCGUUCAUUGUGACGCAACCACGUCUAACUAAUGUCGACCUUCGAUGGGUUUGUCCGGGAAUUUCCCUCCAUUCAGAUUGACUACUUCCGCAAAAAUACAGACAGGCCGCCUCCGCUCGCCUGUUUUCUCAGCCAUGUUCACAGUGAUCAUCUUCAAGGGCUGGAGUCUUUUAGAACUCCGUUUAUAUACUGCUCUGCAGCGACUCGAGAGAUGCUCCUGCGUAUCGAAAAGUAUCCUCAUCGUAUGAACUUUAGCAAAGGGAUCCUAGAGUCCCGGAAGCUGCAUUACAAGCAUCUGUCCAAGCUUCUGAGGCCAAUCCCGUUGAACACGCCAACGGAGCUGGAUCUCACCCCACGGCUAUCUAUCAGAGUCACUCUGUUCGAUGCAAAUCACUGCAUAGGCGCAGUAAUGUUUCUGAUAGAGGGAAAUGGAAAGGCUAUACUAUAUACUGGCGAUAUUCGCGCUGAACCCUGGUGGGUUAACAGCAUUAUCCGGAAUCCCGUUCUCGUCCCCUAUACCCUGGGAAUUAAGCAGCUAGACAACAUUUACAUUGACAACACCUUUGCCCGUCCGUCGCAUGCAGAGGGCUUGAAAGAACUUCUGAACAAAGUCCAAGCGUAUCCAGACAGCACUACAUUCUAUCUUCGGGCUUGGACCUUUGGCUACGAAGAAGUCUGGAUGGCACUGUCAGCUGCCCUCGAUUCGAAGAUCCACGUGGACCGAUACCAAAUGGAUCUAUACAGGUCACUAGCCGCACGCGGUGUGAACGAUGCUCCUUUCCUUUGUGGAUAUGAACUCGGGAACCGUUUCGUUCCAGGCUGUCUUUGCGAGGAUGAGAGCUCCCGCAUCCAUAGUUGCGAGCCAGGCCUCUACUGCUCCGCGGCUGCGUCUCAAGACACCGUCCGCAUCACGCCAAUUGUGACCCGCACAAAUGAUGGCUCAGAGAUGCCCGAGAUCGGGGCUGGCGGGGGAGGCGGUGAUCUAUACCAAGUGCAUGAACUCGAGCUCCCGGACCAGUCAGCACUGGAACAGUUAGAAAAGCUCUGUUCCGAGCGCAUUCAAGACACUAGUGCACUCUCGCAGACGAGACAGGCUCUUAUCGACGCGUUCCGAUCAAGAACCAAAGCACUAUCUCUUGACAACUACGGAAUGAAAGAUGCACAUGACUUGCCUCUAGAAGACCUCGUGGGCAUACUGAGUCGUGGCCGUCCUGAUAACGAUUCUGCAUCGAGCAAAGUGAAGCAGCACACACAUCUACGAGACAGACAAGGCAAAUCCCUCCCCAAGACCAUUCACUUCCCCUACUCCCGCCACUCCUCGUACUCCGAAUUGUGCCAUCUCGUUUCCGCAUUCAGACCCAAAGAUGUACACCCUUGCACAGUCGAUCCCCUGAGCUGGGACGAGGAAGUCUCCAUGCAAACCCUCUUUGGGCACCUCUGCAGUGCGAGUGGAUUCGCCCACGACCAGCAGAUGCGGGACCUAACAGCAAACGAUCCAGAGAUACGAGCAAGAAAACGAGCCCGCUACGAAGGUUCCUUUACAACACAGUCCAGCCAACAAACAUCCAGCAUGGUAGACAGCAGUAUACCAGAACCAUUCCAAUCAAGCCACCCUCCACCCCCCGCAGCCACCUCUGAUCUACUGUCCUCCUCAGACCGAAUCCCCCUUCCAUCGUCCCUCGAGCCAAUCGAAGAGCCCGCCCCAGUACCCACGGACCAUCCUCUCAUCAUCCCCACCCCAUCCCCAGAAACCGCAAAGGCACGCCGCGACGAAAUCCGCCGUGCCUGGCACAUGCUCAACAACGCUGAGCCCUCCGAGCGAACACUCUACCAGCUCAACUCCCUCCCUUCUUCUUUGGCCGAGGAAGAAUCUGAACUAUCUAAGUCUGAAAUUGCUCCGACCCCGCAUCCUCCACUAGACAACCCACCUCAUGCCACAAUAACGGCAUCCAAACACACCUCAUCAAUCCAAACACAGACACCCUCUCCCAUUUCCAACACCAACCCAGACCCCAACAUUCAACAACAUAUACUCAACCCUCAGCCACACCACCACACUCAGAUGACAAUGAGACCCAAACCCAAACCCAAACGAACAGCCAAUCCAGCGAACCACUCUCCUUAG